AUGACUUCCAAUAACAGUACCUGGCACAAGACCUCGGUUCAAGCCGUAAAGGAUCAAGGUCAAACUUAUUUGACCACCACGGUUGCUGGCAAUAAGCACGCUCGCUCCGAAACUGCACAUCCUCCAGCGCCGCGACCGACGACACUCCCGAGCCAUACGCUGGGUAUUCAUCGGGCGUCAAGUUUGCCUACUGGUCCUCCAAGACUGACGGCAAGUCCAAUUACCUCCUUGGACCUCGCUGGCCAUCAAGGCCCUUCCGAGUAUACCCAGCGAAACGCUGUGCAAUGUACACCAUCUUCGUCCUCGGACCCUUUGCUUGCUCUUGCACAUCCUUAUUACGGCCUUCCUCGACCGUUAAUUCGGAACCUAUACGGUCUUGGCAUCAAGAUCAUGUACCCAUGGCAAAAGGCAUGCCUUAGAGGACCGGGGCUUUUAUCCGGGGAGAGAAAUCUUGUCUACAGUGCCCCAACUGGAGGCGGGAAGUCACUUGUAGCUGAUGGCGAGUCAACCUCUUGCAAAAGGGUCUUAGAAGAAAAGAACGCCAAAGUUCUCCUCGUGUUGCCUUAUGUCGCUCUAGUGCAAGAAAAAGUCCGUUGGCUCCGGAACGUUGUCCAGGGAGUGCUAAAACCAAAGGAAGAGAUUGAUGACGAAAAGCGCAUCUGGAGGCGGCGCGCCGACGAAGACUCCAUCAGAGUGAUUGGCUUUUUUGGAGGAAGCAAGAUCAAACCGACUUGGUCGGAUUUUGAUGUUGGAGUCUGCACCAUCGAGAAGGCAAAUGCACUCGUGAAUACAGCGAUUGACGAUUGCACCAUCAAGCAUUUGAAAGCAGUCGUCCUAGAUGAGCUACACAUGAUCGACGAUGACCAUCGCGGGUAUCUCAUGGAGUUGAUGGGGACCAAGUUGCUCAGCCUGCCUCAGCCUGUACAAAUUAUCGGUAUGAGCGCCACCAUGUCUAACAUCAGCCUCCUAGCCAAUUGGCUCGGGGCCCAUUCUUACGAGACGCGCUAUCGACCAGUGCCGAUCGACGAGCAUCUUGUCUAUGAGGGGGGCGUCUAUCCGGCUGCCACAACAAGUGAGUUGCUCAAGACAGCUAGUGAGUUGACAACAAAGACGCAGCCAAUGCAGAACUUGAGGGCAGCCAGGCGCAUUGAAUCCUCCAUUCAUAAGGAGUUCAAAGACCCGGUAUUGAAUGCGGUCGUUUCUCUUGCCAGCGAGACCGCAAAGGCAGGAUACGGUGCUUUAGUGUUUGCCAGCAGUCGUCCUGGAUGUGAAUCGGAUGCUCGCUGGAUUGCCAGAGUCAUGCCGACACAACAUGAGCUUGACCCCAUACUGGUCGAGAAACGUGUAGACCUGCUCGCUGAACUGCGAAGUCUUGGGACCGGUAUAGAUCCCAUUUUGGAAGAAACGGUGCCCAUGGGGGUUGCUUUUCAUCAGGAGCGCGAUCUAAUUGCGAAUGCUUACGAUGCUGGUGUCAUCAAAGUUUGCAUUGCUACCUGUAGUCUUGCAGCCGGAAUUAACCUACCAGCCCGAAGAGUCAUUCUUCACAACGCUAGAAUGGGCCGCGAUUUCGUGGGUCCCUCGAUGCUUCGGCAAAUGCGUGGGCGCGCCGGCCGUAAGGGGAAGGACGAAGUUGGAGAAACUUACCUGUGCUGUCGGAAAGAGGACUUGGCACAAGUGGUUGACUUGAUGCACGCUGAAAUGCCAAACAUUACAAGUGGCUUGAUAACAGACAAGCAGCGAAUACAAAGGGCGUUGUUAGAGGUCAUCGCAAUACGGCUUGCAACGAGCAGAGAUGCUCUAGAUGACUAUCUGAGUAAAACACUGUUGGCCCAUGUUGGUCCCCGGGAGCCUCUGCAGGACUGUAUUGAGACGAGUCUGAAAAGCUUGCAGUCAAUGGGAUUCAUAAAGAUAGACUUAUGCGACAACUAUCAACCCACGAAACUGGGCAAGGCAAUUGUAGCUUCUGCAUUGGAUCCUGAUGACGGGGUAUUCAUUCACAAAGAGUUGGAAAGGGCGCUUCAAGCGUUCGUAAUGGACGGCGAGAUGCAUAUUCUCUAUACGUUUACCCCCGUUCAUGAAUUCGGUGCGAAUAUCAAUUGGCAAGUCUUCCGCAACGAGAUGGAGAAUCUGGAUGACAGUGGCCACCGCGUACUGGGUUUUCUUGGGCUUAAACGUGCUGUUAUCAACCGACUGGCGCAAGGUAGUACACUGAGGGAGACGACACCUGAGGAGAAGGAAAUUGUCCGCGUACACCGUCGGUUUUACCUAGCACUUCAAUUACGAGACUUGUGCAACGAAAUUCCGAUCCACACCGUGGCGCGGAAGUACGACGUGCCUCGGGGCGCUGUUCAGAACCUCUCUCAGACUUGCCACGGGUUCGCGGCCGGCAUGAUCAAGUUUUGCGAGCAUAUGGGUUGGUGUAUCAUGUCCGCUGCGCUGGACCAUUUCUCGGAUCGGUUGAGGGCAGGCGCGAAGUCGGACCUGUUGGCAUUGGCACAGAUUACCUUUGUAAAGAGCCGAACUGCAAGAGUUUUCUGGGAAAACGGCUUUCGCAGCGUUGCGGCUAUUGCCAAUGCAGAUCCCAAAGAGCUGCUACCCAUCCUUAUGCAGGCCCAACCCAGCAAACUCCGAAUCAAGGGGCAGGAAAGUGUCAAGUACGAGGAGAAGCUGAUGGCCAAGGCCAAGGUCAUCUCGGACUCAGCCAACCGAUUGUGGCAAAUUCAAAUGCAACAAGAGAUCUACGAGGAAGAAUGA